UUACUCUUUAGCCGUUCACGUUUUUUUUUGUUUCUUUCUCUACUUUUUCUCUGCUAAAAACACUCAUACCCUCUCUGCAACUGCAAACCCAACAAGUCUAUGUCUAUGCCCAAAAACAAUAACCACACUGAUACAGUUUCAGGUUCCUCUUAACACCUUAGAUUUGAUUACUCUUACCUACCAUUUUCUUCCUUUGUACUUUCCUAGGGUCCUGUCUCUUUCAUCUCAACCUUUUUCUCACUAACCGCUUUCACUUUCAAACAUGCACCUUGGUUACUCUUUUUUCUUUUCUUUUUCUCUGUCUGGUGAAUGAGUGUAGUUUGAAAAUGGGUGCUUCAAGUUCAAAAGCUGAUAAGAAUGAAGCAUUGUGUUUAUGUAAGGAAAGAAAGAGUUUCAUUGAGGUGGCUAUUGAUUCUAGAUAUGAUUUAGCUGCUUCACAUGUUUCUUAUAUUCAAUCUCUUAGAAAUGUUGGUAUAGGUUUAAGAAGAUAUGCUGAAGCUGAAGUACUUGUAGAAUCUUCUUUGUCUAUUUCUGAUAAAACCCCAUCUCAAACUAGUUACCCUUCUCCUUCAUCACCUUUAAAUAAUGUUGCUGAGAAUGAGGUUUCAGAUUCACCUUUGCAUAAUGAAAGUCCUUUUUCAACACCUGUUUCUACUGUUAGUUACAUGAGAUCAAGUGGUAAUGGUUGUGUUACUGUUACACUUGAUGCUUUUGGUAACAAGCAUGUUGAUGAUGAAUCCAAUUUGUUUUCUCCUCCACCUCCACCUCCACCUCCACCUGAUUUAGGUGCAUCUUGGGAUUUCUUUGACCCUGGAGAGGAUAGUGAGAGUUUUAGGUUUGUAGUGCAUGGUAGUGAGUUCAAAGAUUGCAGGGAUCAAUGGUUACAAACUGGUUCAGAUGAUCCUUCAGUUGUUUCAAGUGGAGUUGAAGGUUGCAAACAAUUGGAUGAUGGAAAAGUGAGACAGUUGGAGGCACCAGGUGGUACUGUUGGCGGUGACAUAAAUCUUGAUGUGGUUGAAAAGGGUGAUGUUGGAAAAUCAAGUUCAAAGAAGGAGGAGAAGAACAUGGUUGAGAAAAAUGUGUGUACAGAAAGAGAGGAUCCUUCAGAGUUCAUCACUCACAGAGCUAAAGAUUUUCUUUCGAGCAUAAAGGAUAUAGAGCAUCGGUUCAUUCGAGCUUCGGAAUCUGGUAGAGAUGUUUCAAGGCUGUUAGAGGCAAACAAAAUCAAGGUUGGAUUUUCUGAUGCUAAAGGGAAGUCGUCUAAAUUGGCUUUGAUCACGGCCAUCCAGCCCGUUUGUUGCCGCAGAAAGACUUCACCCGUUUUUCAGGAACCUGUACAAAAAAUUAUUAGUUGGAAAAGGACGGCAUCUUUUCGAUCAUCCUCGUCCAGGAUCCCUUUGGCUUCGAAAUCAAGGGAAGAUAUUGAUGAUAGUGGAAGUAACUUUGUUGAAGAGUUCUGCAUGAUUGCUGGAAGCCAUUCGUCCACCCUUGACAGAUUGUAUGCAUGGGAGCGAAAACUCUAUGAUGAAGUAAAGGCUAGUGAAUCCAUCAGGAAGGUCUAUGAUCGAAAAUGUCACCAGCUUAGACAUCAAUUUGCAAAAGACCAAGGCACUCAAGUGAUCGACAAGACCAGGGCAGUUGUGAAGGAUCUGCACUCGCGAAUAAGAGUGGCUAUUUAUUCUGUUGAUUCAAUAUCUAAAAGAAUUGAAAAAAUGAGGGACGAAGAGUUGUAUCCGCAACUUCUGGAAUUAACAGAGGGAUUGGUCAGGAUGUGGAAGGCUAUGCUUGAGUGUCAUCAUGCGCAAUACAUCACCAUUUCCUUGGCAUAUCAUUCUAGAAACACAACAGGAACCUUGCCAGGAGAUGCACGCAGAGAAAUAAUGACUCGGCUGCUAGAAGAAAUCGAGUUAUUUGGUCUGAGUUUUGCAAACUGGAUUAACAGCCACACCUCAUAUGUGGAAGCUCUCAAUGGUUGGCUGCAACACUGUAUACUUUUACCAAGGGAACGUACCAGGAGCAGAAGACCGUUCUCCCCUCGUCGAGCUCUGGCUCCACCUAUUUUUGUUCUAUGCCGUGAUUGGUGUGCUGGGAUCCAGGCCUUACCCUCUGAAGAACUUAGUAAUGCAAUCAGAAACUUUUUGUCAGAUCUUCACAAUCUGAUGGAGCAGCAAAAUGAUGAACUUCUUAAGAAACAGAAUUCAGCUAAUGCAAGCACACCACCAGAAAGCGAGAUCAAAACUAAUGAAGACAGCGGAGGCGAGUCUGCGAAUCUGUGUUGUGUACAUGCAAGUUUAACCAAGGUUCUUGAUCGACUGACCAAAUUAUCCGAAGCAUCGUUGAAGAUGUAUGAAGAUAUCAGGCAAAAAAGUGAAGUGGCUCGAACUGCAUAUUACAAUUGCAGAACUAUCAGAGCUGAAAAAUGUUAAUUCUCAACUACAGGCUUUGUGCUGCUGUAUGUUUUGGAGAUUUUAAACGUAUAUGAAAAACACCCUAAAAAAAAACUAUGAACAUAUAUGGUACUUGACUACUUGUACUUGUUUGAAAAAAGAAAUUUGUAAGAUGGAGAUCGGUAUGGAGUAUCUGUAAAUGAUGGUCAGUUCAUGUUAAAAAGACUUGGAAAGAUUUUUUUUCAUACUUUGUGGUAGAACUAUAGUUACUUCA